UAAAGGCACAGGCAUUCGUUCCAUAUCGGCACAUACCCUGGUGACAAGAUGAAGACGCUUGUUAUUCUCAGUGUCCUGAUCGCUGUCUCCAGCGCCAAAAUCUUCAGCAGAUGUGAAAUGGUCAACGUUAUAAAGGACUCCAGGCUAACCAAAUUCACCCAGUACAGCGUCGCUGAUUGGUUGUGCCUGGCCGAACAUGAGAGCAAAUACAACACCCGUGAGGUGGGACGCGAAGUGAGGGAUGGAAGAAGAUGGGCAUCCGAGUACGGGAUUUUUCAGAUCAGCAGCAAAUGGUGGUGUGAUGAUGGAGAGACUCCUGGUGCCGUCAAUGGCUGUGGCAGGAGAUGUACCGAAUUCCUGGGGGAUGACUUGGAACCUGACAUUGAGUGUGCAGCCAAGAUAGUGAGCGAACGAGGAAUGGAGGCCUGGAGCUCCUGGGUGGAGAACUGCAAGGGUAAAUGGAUUGGCUAUUACACCUACUUUUGCUUCUGAGGCUGGAGGAAGUUCCUGCUGGUCAGAAGCGCUUGGUUGCAGAUCCAUUGUUGAACCCAUGGCAUUCUGCAUCGGGCCCAGUCAUUCUGUAUGAAAGGGAAAUUCCCUUGACCGCAAUCCAUUAAAAUAAACUUCAUUAAAUGAUGAACAUCUGUGUCCAUUGCUGCUCACGUUGCCAUGAUCACAUUGAAUGGCGGUGCUGGCUCGAAGGGCUGAAUUGCCUAUUGCUGCACCUGUUGUGUAUUGUCUAUUGUUCUGAUGUGAAUGAUGAAAUAUUGACCAAAGGAAGGCGGGGACAUCGAGAUAAAAACUUUCUAAACAUUGCAAAGGGAAUACAACAGGCAUUACAGGCAUUUUACAACAGGCACGAUAGGUCUGAAUACCGGAUUCAGAUUCAGAUUCAAUUUUAAUUGUCAUUGUCAGUGUACAGUACAGAGACAACGAAAUGCAUUAUAAAGGUCUUGACCAGGAAACGUCACCCAUUCCUUCUCUCCAGAGAUGCUGCCUGCCCAUUGAGUUACUUACUCCAGCCUUCUGGGACUAUCUUCGGUUUAAACCAGUAUCUGCAGUUCCUUCCCAGGCAUUCUAGAGUGCAAUAGAUGCUGGUUUAAAACAAAGAUCGACACAAAAAGCUGGAGUAACUCAGCAG